UUGAAGCCACUCUCCAGUUCAGCGAAAAUCGCGACAAACGAUCGUCAAAAACUCGACACCACAACGGAAAAAAAGUUGUUGAUUUAAAUAUUCGCAAGUAAUAAAACAAUAAAAAUUGCAUUUUUGUGUCACAAACCGUAGAAAAAGAAGUAUUUUUGGUGCGCAAAACCACCAAUAGUAAUUAUUGGUAAUGAUUGAAGUGUAGUGUCAAGUGCAGAGAAAUACAUUUCCGUUGGCGUUAGAAACAAACAUGGAUGGAUUCCGCUGGUCCCGAGUCCUGCUGCAAUGGGUGAAAGAUUCCGGCCUCAUUCCAUGUGAAUGUGCAACAAUCGAACAGUGCAGCGUCGAUGAUUUCUACCAGCAGUUCCGAUCGCGGAUACAUCAAACAGUGGCCCUUCCGCAGGAUGGCAUUAUCAGUUUUCUCAAGGAACACUUUCCACAUUAUGAACUGUACCUCACGGAAACGGGCCAGAUUGCUGCACCCGAUCAUUUUUACAUUUUUUCCCUGCUGCUGUUUUUCUCGUGCGUCCGACACCCGGAACGCUUUUUUCAGCAGAUCUGCAACGGAUUCGAUAAACCCCAACAAUAUGCCGUCACAGCGUUCCUUAAAUCGAUGCUGGAAGGCAGCCACUUACGCAAGGAAAUUGACCGAAUGAUGAUCCGGCGGGCAAUUCAGGACGCUAUACCGCAAACCAUGUUGCCUCCGAAUUCGCCUCCGUCGACCCAUCAGCAGCAACUGCUGCAGCGAGAAUCCUCGCUGGUGAACAUACCUUCUCGUCUUACCUCCUCCGCCAGCGGAGGUGACACCAUCGACGGGAGUCCACUGCGGUUGGGCAGGCAACCGCCGAGAAUUUCCCCUCCGACACCGAAAACGAUUAUUUUGGACGAACGAACCAAGCAGCUGAAGGAGCUCAAAGCACAACUGGAGGCGGAACGCUACGAGAAAGGUUACCUGGAGGUGCAGCUGAAACAGCUGCAAGACAAGAACGAAAAAUUUUUGGACGACAAACGUAAAUACGUGAAGGAGAUCCGUGAGUUGCGCACAGAACUUCAGGUAUGCAACCUCGAGAAUGAGUCACCGAACAAACAACGCGGUACGGAUCACAAAAUGGCCCGUAUCGAAAGGCUGCUUGCGGAGAAGGGCGAAGCGUUGGAUAAGCUCAAAAUCGAGAUGGAAACGGUUGCUGAAAACAAUCGGAACUCAACCGAAAUGAUCAACUUCCGGAACGUGCAGAUUGCCAAACUGAAGGAACAAAUCCGAGAGUUGGAAACCUCGCUCGAAUCGUUGUCGGAUUGCAUCGCAGAGAAGGAGGAGAUGAUCAAGUGCCUGCGCGAAAACAACGAUGAACUGCAGCGUUUCAUCGAGGAGAGCCGCUUCAAGCAGAACGGCCCUCUGGCGGAGAACUUAAACACCUCUUUCGAUGGAAUGGUGGACAUAAGUUCCGGUGGUAGCAGCAACGGGACAGGGAAAAGCUACAGUAUUACCCCGGAGAAUAUGGCCCACGCUGUGGUAGAUUUACAAUUGAAGGAGAGGGAAGCGGAGAACUGUCUGCUGAAAAGAUCGUUGGAGAUGAUUGAGCAGGAGAAAGUUAGGGUUUCCGGCUUGGUUGGGAACUUUUUCCGUCUCUACGGAGAUGCAAUCGGAACGAUGCCGUACGGAAGUGCGAAUCCACAGGACGUUGGAUUUGUGGAGAAAAUGAACAUCUUCAAGGCGUGCUACGAAACGCUAUUCGAGGAACUGGGGAAGUUCAAGGAAGGUAAGGAGAUGCUGGAAGCGAAAAGCGACGCACUUGAAGAGGAUGUUAGGCAGUUGAAAACGGAGCUGGUGGCUCGGACGGAGGUGCUGGAAAAGCUAGAAAGGUAUUCGGUGGAUAUCGAGAGGCAGCUGGAGUUGACGAAAAAGACCGCCAACGAGUAUCAACGAAAAAUCAGCAUGUUGGACGAAGAUUUGAAUAAGCAAAAGCGAGAUUUGUUGAAACUGAUCUCGGAGAAAGAUACGCUAGGAAAAGAGAACCUUACGUUGAAUGUGGAGUUCAAUAGUUUGAAAGGUGAAUACGAAUCGUUGACGACAAAGAUCGACUACUUGAUGUUGUCGCUGAACGAAGACUACGAAGGUAGCGAUUAUUCUUCAUGGUUUGACAAGAUGGAUGAUCUAAAAUGUCACUUGCGUACGUUGAAGGAGGACAAGGAACGUCUAACGGCGAUGAAUAUGAAAAUCACUAUGGAGAAGGUAACACUGGAAAAGGAUAUCAGCGUCAAGGAGAUCCAGCAGAAGGAGAUGAAGGAACAUUUGGAGAUCAGAGAGAAAAAACUAGAGCAAUUGAACAUUCAGUUGUCGGAUUGCGAAACCUCGUUGGAGGAGAAAGAUAAACAGGUUGCUUCGUUGGAAAGUUUGAAAGCCGAUCUCGAAGAGAACAUUCAAAGCUUGUCUGCAGAGCUUGUGGAUACGCAAUGCAAACUGAGCGAGGUGUCCGAUGACUUCCAGUCGUGCGAGGAAACCCUUAAGAACGUUAGAGAUGAGUUGGCUUCACGGGAUCAAGAGUUAAUGAGCGCUAAUCAUGCUAUCACAGAGCUGCAAACCAAUGUGGCAAAUCAGCAAGAUGAGGCUAUUAACGAGAAAGAGUAUUUCCAAACUAAACUCACCGAAAUACAACAGAGUUUAUCGGAAACAAACGAUUUGCUUCAAACGACUACCGAAAGUUUGGACCAUGCAAACCAAGAAAUUCGUAAAAUAUCUGAUGAUUUAAAUCGUGUUCAACAUGAAAAGCUUGCUUUGGAAGAAGUUCUCUCAGACCAGCGUAAUGAGUCGAACAAGAAUAUCGAAAGGGUGCAUAACCUAGAGGCAGAGGUACAGAACAUGCAGCAGCUACUUGACAAACAAACCGAGGAGUCAAUGGAAGUGCAACAACGCCUUAAUGACCAAAUUGUGGAUCACCAGAAUCAGUUCGAAGUUGCACGAAAGGAGCAAUGUAUUCUAUCCGCUGCAAAUCAGUCACUCCUUAGUGGUUUAAAAUUGAUUCAGGACAAAAUCCGUCAGCUAGAGGAUCAGUACGUUGGCAAGAUAGACAACCUCGAAGCGAAGCUAGGAGAAUUCGCGGCGUUACUUGCCAAACUAUCCACCUGCCAGUUCAAAAUGCGUCUGGAGAAAACUCAAUUGGAGGAUAACCUUGAAAAGGUAACACGGCAAUUCAAUGCGUUGCAGGCGGAGAAUAAUAAACUCCUUGAAGCAGAGCACACGUUGCAGAAGAAUGUUCAUGAGCUACAAAUCGAAAAGUGUGCUAUAGAAGAAAGAAGUAUCGAUCUGAAGGAGCAACUUACUAAGUUGGAAGUGGAACUCGGUUCCAAUGGCAACAGAAUCAAAGAACUUGAAGAAUGUUGUGCCGAAAGCGAAAAAGAGAAGAACCAAUUGAUCGAUUAUGGAAAACAACGUGAAGCUGAGCUCAAACAGCAGAUCGAAGAUGCUUCAGUGAACUCGGAAAAAUUACAACAAAAUAUCCAUCAGAUUAACCAAUCUCAGACCGAUCUUCAACAGAAAUUCAACGAGAAGCUGGAGCAGUUCAAGAGUGUAUCUGACGAACGUGAUGAGAUGGAAGUUAAGUGUGCACGGCUAGAGGUCGAUCUGAAGGAGCUUCAGGCAGAUUUGGAAGAACAGAAACAACUCACGGCUCAGGGCUGCAAUGAGAAGACUAUGCUCGAGAGUCAACUGAUAGAAGUGCGUGCAGAAUUGCUUCAACUGGAGCAGCACAAAUCAGAUUUGGAAGGCAGUUUAAUGGAAAACAUUGCAACGCUUGAGGAACGCACCGAAACCGUUUCACGACUCUGUCGAGAGAAGGAACUGUUGGAAGAGAAGAUCCAAGAGUUGGCAACAGUGCUUGCGAACGUUCGGCACACUAAAUCCACCAUGCAACGAACGCUGGAAGAAGAACAGGAAAAAUCGGAAGAGCUGUCAAGUCAGAUCGAGGAUCUGAACACAAAACUUUUGGCAGUCGCGGAAGAACUCGCUCAAGUUGCCCAAGAGAAGGAAGAACUUCAAAAUAGGCAUAAUGUUGUUGAAGCAGAGAAACAAGAACUUGUAGAGAAGGUUGAAGAAUUGGCAGAAUCGAUCGCAAUGGCGGAAGAAGAUCGAGAUACGUUGCGCGAGGAGAAAUGUCGACUGGAAGCAGAGGUCGAGCGUAUCGAUCACGAUAAAGGAUCGCUGGACGAACAAUGCGGAAAGUUGCUCAAGCAACUGUCGAAAGAGCGCGAGGAAGCUGCCACUGAGAAAAUGCAGCGAGAAGAAAUCAUUUGUAGUGCAAACAAGGAACGUGAAGAGUUACUGAAACAGCUAAAAACGAUCGAAGAAGAUCGAAGUAUUCUGAAUGAAAAAGUGGCGGAAUUGGAGGAGACAAAGAAGGGGCUAGAAGGGGCGCUCUGUGAUAAAGGUAUUGUAGAAAGUAAGAUUGCUGAGUUAUCGAAAUUGGUAGAAGAAUUACGAUCGGAGAAGACCAAUGUUGAAAUCUUGAACAUUAGAUUGUGCGAAGAACAAACCUCCAACACGCAGGCUAUAGCAGAACUGAAAGCAAGCUUGACCUCUUUGGAAGAGGUCAAGGUAAGUCUCCAGAAUCAAGUUUCAUCAGUCGAAGAAACAAACAAAAAGUUGGAGAAAAAUAUUGGAGACUUAUCGAAGGAUCUGCAGGCAUCAAAUCUGGAGGUUCAGACUUUGGAUGCUAAAUCUAAGCGAUUGUCGAAUGAUUUGGCUCAGUCGAAAGAUGAAGCAAAGAAACUUACUGCCGAGAUCGAAGAAACAACUAACCAACUAGCAGAAGCGAAAGAAGCUUUACAAAUAAAAGAACGCGAAUCGGCCAUGGUUUCGGAAAAACUUCACGACCGUACUAAAGACCUGGAGUUGGUCCAACACCAAAAACAAGAAGAGAUCCUGCAACAAUCGAUGAAUAUUAAAACUAUUCAAACAGAACAUCAAGAAACUGCAAAACAAUUGCAACGUGCUCUAGAAGAUUUAUCAACUUUGGAAGCUAAGGUUCAACAAAUGAACGACGAGUUGAACAGUCGAACGCAGCAGUUGGAAGAUGUUGAACAAGAGUUACAAAUGAAAGAGGAAGAAAUUCGAUUCACAACUGAGUCGUUAGCAGCUUCAGAAGCAAAGUGCUCUGAAUUAAGUAUUACUAUAGAUCAACUCAAUGAAACGAGGAAUUUGCUCGAUGUACAAAUUCAGAAGCUGCAAGAUGAUCUGACAUGUGAACGGGAACUUUGUCAGUCAAUGCAACAAUCGUCAGAAGUUAUGAAAGAAAGUCUUUGUGAAGUCAAGGAGUCCAAAGCCCGCCUCGAAAUACAGCUGCAAAAUCUUGAAACCGAUCGAAUGGCCGCCGAGGCUGUCAAUGAACAACUUGUUCAACAACUAUCCGACCUGAAAGUACAAGUUGCCAAACAGCAGUCCUCCAUCGAUGCCAAGGACACGGAAAUUACCCAACUGACAGAUGGCUUGGAAAAGGUCAAACGCAUCCAGUUGCAGCUGGAAGAAAAGGUUACCGAUUUUGAAUCGGUUGUCACCGAAAAGGAUGAGGUCGAAACGCAGCUGAUUAAGUUGCAGAAUGAGCUGGAGCUUGUACGCGACGACAAGAGAAAACUCGAAUCUGAGUUGGAUACGGUAAGAGAAGAGAAAGCCGACGUAGAUCGACGGUUGGUUCAGCAACUGCAGGAUUACGAUACAAUCAACGAGGCAUAUCUGAACGAGCGCGAUGGCAACAAGGAACUGUUGGCGAAACAGCAGGAGAAGGAAAAGCAGCUUCAAGAGUUGCUUGAGGAGAAUGAUCGUUUAACAAGAGCUCAAGAAAAUUCAUCGUCGUUGUUGGCAGCUAAAGAGAAACGGGUGAUUGAACAGGAGAAACAGAUGGAGAAAUUGAAGCGUGAAAUGGAGAACCUGUUCGGUAAGAAUCAACAGAUGGAUUCGUUGACGCAUGAUUUUAUGCAGCUAAAGAUGGAGAAGUCUGAGUUGGAAGCCAAGAAGGAAGAGCUGAACGAAGCAAUCGAACAAAAGGAGAUCGAAGAGAAGGCGAUGCAGGAGAAUAUGAAUCAUCUGAAGGAGAGCCUGAAGAUGAAACAACAAGAGCUCGAUUCGCUGCAUUCGGAUGUGACGUCUUUGAAGGAAACGCUCCACACAUUGAAGAUCGAAAACAGCAAAUUGAAGUCCACACAUGAACUCCAUCAAACGAGGAUGCUCAAUUUGGAGCUGAAGAACACCGAGCAAAGCAAGAAAAUUGAAAAAUUAGAGGAAUCAUUAAAUAAGACCGAAAUCAGCCACCUGGAGGAUAACUCGAAAGCAACUUCCCUGUUGAAGCAAUUGGCAAAGUACAAAGAGUAUGAGGCGAAGGUGACCGAGCUGGAAGAGCUGCAUCAGAAAGAGCGUGAGAUUAACGAGAAGUGCAACAUGGACAACGACAUUCUGCGGGCGAAGCUUAUGAAGCACAGGAAAACGACCGAAGAUAAGGAACAAGAGUGGAAACAGGAACGCCAAUCGCUCGUUCAGAAGCUGAAGGACGUGGGCAAAGAUGCGGAUGAUAAGGUGAAGGAAGUUCGGAUCGAGUAUGAAGGCAAACUGGAGAAGAUGAAGGAUAAAAUGAAAUCGUUAUGCAACGAUGAAAUUCAGAAAACCAAGACCAAAUUCGAGAAGGAUUAUUUGGAACUCAAAAUGGAAAUUCAGCAAGAGCAGAAAAAGUUCACCAAAAUGGAAAUCCACGCUGGCAAAUUACAACAGCAGAUUGCCAAUCUAAAUGAAAAAAAUCUGGACCUGGUAAGACAGAACGAGUUCAUCCAGUCCAAACUGCGUAUCAUGGAGGACCUACAGAAAGAGCGCAAAUCCCUGAUGCCACCACCAGCACACGCUCGGCUUUGUGCCAAUCUCAAAAUGGAAGACGAAGAGGGUGAAAUAUUCAACAACACGUACCUAACGGAUCUGAAAUCGGGCCGCAUGUCGCCGCCGUUCGCCGGCCGUGAUUCGAUCCGGUACUCGGAACUGCAGCAGCGCAACUCGAUGGUUCCGCCCCAUUUAAAGAGCAGCUAUCUGCCGCAGUACGUCGACGGGAACCUGACGGACGAGGACAAUCGAGAUCUCGCCGCCGGUAACCUGGACGACAGCAGUACAAGCUUGAUUUCACGUAAGAAACUAGGUGGAACAACUUCCUACAAACGGCCGGGGCCUCCGACUCCCAGCAAGAAAGCCGGUCGCCUAUCGUUCGGAGGAUCCUUACCGACGAACGAUUUCCAGUACAAGGAAAUUCUCAAGGACAACAGCAAUGGUGGAACCUCCAGUGGUGGAGUAUUCGGUGGUCGUUUGAGUUUCGGCGGUCGGAAGAGUAACGUGGAUGCGUCCUCGGCGCCACCCGCAGCCACUGGCAACAACAGUGGCAGUAUUGCCGAUCUGAAUGCUCGCCGGAAAACUCCCGGCAAGUUCAAGCAGAUGAUCAGCUCGUCGCACCUGUUCAACUCGCUGCAGCCCCUGCAAAGGGACGAGACUCCUAAACGACAUGACCUUCCCCUGAUUCGACACCCGCUCAUCACGAAAAUCAACUCCAAACGUGAUGACACCGAUACGGGAAGCUCUGAACUGGACGAUCCACGACUCCGACGACGUAAAUCAAGACUCGCAACAACAACUAACAACCAAGCCAGCAAAACACGUAAAGAGCGUAAGAAUCUCCACUUCCGAAAAGUAAUUACCCGGUUCGACAGCAACCGCCGUCUAAGCAGUGCGAACAAUAGUAGUGGCAGCGCAGGAAGCAGCCCUUCUAGCAUUUCCGCAUUGCCCGACGACCCAUACGGAGGAUUUUAUUACAAGGAAACCACCGGUCCGAUUCGUAAAAUUGACAUCAACACGAUGCCAGUGUUCGGACGAAGCGAUUCCAAGCCCGAACUCAUAGUUUUCAACGGGGAUAGACUGAAGGAUUUGAACAACAACGAUAGCGAAUCACCUUUGGAAGUGAUCACAAGGAUCAGAACUCCCAGAAAGAUCGAUUCAACUAUGGCAAACCGGGACUUUCAAACCGAUAGCACAUUCGUGCAACGGCUGUGCACCAACCGGCGGGACAGGCAUCGCCGGAAGAGCCGUGACCAACGCAGACAGUCGUUCAAUCGCCUACGAAACAUCGACGGUGAGGCAAUCGGUCGAAGAUCGCCGCAGGAUGACUCCUUCGAGGAUUACGGAACUCGAUCGGAUGAGUCCGGCAACGACCACUCCAGAAGCAACUUUGAAAUGCUCCUGGAGGAAAUGGUGCUGGACCGACCGAGCGAGAUACUCCCAUCCAGUAGGAUGCUGUUGUACCGCGGAAGCAUGCUCGACCCGUUCGAAGACGUGGUGAGCAGUUCAACGUCCGGAAUGAGACCGGUGAAUGUGCCGCUGUUGGAACGGUUUUCGGAAAUUUUCCGGAUCGCCUCCCUCCAGAGGCAGCAGUCCAACAAUAAAGCCUUGGGGGACGGUGUUUCGAGCGAAAAGAAAUCUCUCGAAAACGGUACAGAGAACUGGAAUCCGUUGGUUUUGAUGUUUUUUGUUGGAUUGAGCUUCUCGGCAUUGGUUUUCGGUAUAUACCUGUACUAUGUUGGAUUUCGCGUGGGGAAAGAUCUAUCAUGAUGGCGUAAAUAUGAGAGUAUGAGCACAAUGAUUCCAUCCACUUGUACCAAUUGUAUUAUUUUAGUCUGUAGUGAAUGUGUGUUUCGUAGUUUAUAAAAUCAGUAUAAUGUAACAAUAUUUCAAUGUUUGUGAUACAUAAUUUUCUAAGCUAGGUUUUGUAUUCGUGAGUUGCGAAAUAAAUGUUGUAAAUGAGUAUAUAUCAAACGAGUAAUA